UUGGAAGACCAUCACGUAUGGAUGAGUUUUUUGAGCACACUCAUAUUCGCAAAGAGGAUAGGAUUCAAUGGGUUGAUGAACACCCUCGAAAGACAAAGGAUAUAUUUCAAGAGCGUAUGUUUCAGGUUGAGCAAGAGCGGCAGGCUGUUAUAGAGGCUGGUGUAACUGAUCCACCGCCUAUCUCUGAGGAAAGCAUAUGGAUUGAGACAGUGGGUGGAAAACGAAGAGGUAGGGUAUAUGGUAUGGGUGAGGUAAGGGACUCUUCCAUGGUGCGACCUCGAGUUGAUGGGCCUAUCACGACCACCAGCGCUGAUGUUUUGGAUCUUAGAGAACGAAUCACAAUACUCAAUAGGGAAGUUGAACAACAUGCCGCUAAAUAUAGAGAUCUUGAAGACCGCUAAAGGGAGAAAAGAGAGUGGCAACAGACUGUUGAAUCCUUGUGUGAGGAUCUCAACACCAGUAACUCACAGAUGGAUCAAUUUAGUCAUUAGUUGAGCAGCUUGACUGAGUAUGUAAGAGACAUGGGUCCUAGUAGUUCUGGAUCACGUGUUUCCCUACCUCCUUCUUUUACUUUUCCAAGCUCAGAAAAGCACAGUCCCAGACCCAGGUAGAAAACUCCCACCUAUUCUGCAGUGACCAGGACAACCACAGAGUUCUCAAAUGGAGGAUGAUUCUGACGAUUUUGAUGACUCAGAUGAUUAUUUAGACGAGUAUGAGUAGGUUAUUUAAUUACUUUACUUUGAAUAUUUUGUAUUAUUAGUGGAUUGCAAUUUAAACGAAUAUAAGUCAAAGUUUAGUUAUUUAUCUUGUCUUGAGUCUUUAUAUUAGAGGGUUAUUUAUUAUUUUGAUAAGUUUGUAAACUCAUUAUCUAAUAUUUAGUAUAA